ACCAUGCAGACCCAGAGAGAAGGCCCUUUUCUGGAGUGGCGGUCACUGUUGCUGCUGCUGCUGGGCCUGAUGAUGCCUUUAGCCAUAGCCCAGACCCUCAGCUACCAGGAGGCUGUGCUCCGUGCUGUGGAUGGCUUCAACCAGCAGUCCUCAGAUGCCAACCUCUACCGCCUCCUGAGCCUGGAUUCCCAGUCCCGGGGGGGGAAACUUCCUGGAGCUAUGUCCUCUCCUAGCGUGAUGUUUUUCAACCUUAGCAUUCUGUUGUGGCAGAUGUACUCUAUCCCUACUCCACACAGGCUGCAGGGACUUCUGGGACCUCCAGGGACAAGGGAUGAGGACCCAGAUACCCCAAAGCCUGUGAGCUUCACAGUGAAGGAGACAGUAUGUCCCAAGACGACUCAACAGACCUUGGAGCAGUGUGACUUCAAAGAGGAUGGGCUGGUGAAACGAUGUGUGGGAACCGUCACCCUGGACCCGGCCAGGGACUCUUUUGACAUCAACUGUGACGGGCAUUUCAAGAAAAUUGCCCGGCUAGGUGGGCUCCUGAAAAAAGGUGGAGAGAAGAUUGGUGAAAAACUUGAGAACAUUGGCAGGAAAAUCAAGGAUUUCUUUCAAAGUCUUGCGCCCAGGUUACGGUCCUAG